UCGAUCGAUCAUCGAUUUUUUUUAUAUGCCCAAAAUAGCCCUCGUUGCGCAGCACCAGCAGCAGCAGCAGCACCCGCCCUUCGCUAAAGGACGAUGGUCUGUACACCGAGGAACAUCGUAUCGCAACACCAACGUAUCUGAAAAUCCCAACUAUAAACCAAAAAGAGGAGAGAGGAGUGGUGGUGGUUGUUGCUGUUGCCGCUGUUGGCUUUACUCCUCUUUCUCUCUAAUUACCCCAUUCACCUCCCACACUAGUCUCUCUCUUCUUGAAGACGCCUCCUCCUCCCUUUUUUACUCUCUCCCAUCUUCUCCCCUCGUACAACACAAUUCACUCUCCGUCAGCCUCCCCCCUACUUCCUUUAGCUCUCUCUCUCUCUCUUUCUCUCUUGGAUGUGAUCUGUGGAAUUGUGAUGUGAGAAUUGAGGAGAGUCAGUUGUGGUAGUUUUCUGCUCGAAUGGAGUCUGGGGGGGACGAUUGCUGUGUGAAGGUCGCAGUGCAUAUUCGUCCUCUCAUCCCCGAUGAGCGAGCUCAAGGCUGCAAGGAUUGCGUCACAGUCAUCCCUGGCACGCCUCAGGUGCAAAUUGGUACGCAUUCUUUUACGUUUGAUCAUGUCUAUGGAAGCAGUGCUUCCCCAUCUUCCGCUAUUUUCGAGGAAUGCAUCUCCCCUCUCGUUGAUGGCCUGUUCCAGGGGUACAAUGCGACGGUUCUUGCUUAUGGGCAGACGGGAUCAGGGAAGACGUACACGAUGGGGACUGGUUACAGGGACGACUGCCAAAUUGGGAUCAUACCUCAAGUAAUGGAUGCACUAUUCGAUAAGAUCGAAUCCUUCUCGCAGAAAGUCGAAUUCCAAUUGCGUGUUUCCUUUAUCGAGAUCUUAAAAGAGGAAGUGCUUGACUUGCUUGAUCCUGGAACCCUGGGGAAGUCAGAUGCUCUGAAUGGAACAGGGAAGGCAGCAGCUCAUGGGAAGCCACCCAUACAGAUACGUGAAAACUCAAGUGGAGUGAUAACGCUUGCAGGGUCCACAGAAAUUGGUGUUACCUCAAAAACGGAAAUGGCUGCAUGUCUGGAACAAGGUUCAUUGAGCCGAGCAACUGGGAGCACAAAUAUGAACAAUCAAUCAAGUCGUUCACAUGCCAUUUUCACAAUCACCAUGGAGCAGAUCCGUAAAGUAGAUCUAGCAUUUUCUGCUGAAGGACAGCAAGGAGAGGAGACUGGUGAAGAUUAUCUUUGUGCAAAACUCCACUUGGUGGAUCUUGCUGGUUCAGAACGUGCUAAAAGGACAGGCUCUGAUGGCCUUCGUUUUAAGGAAGGUGUGCACAUAAACAGAGGGCUUCUUGCCCUUGGCAAUGUCAUAAGUGCACUUGGAGAUGAGAAAAAGCGAAAAGAAGGUGCACAUGUUCCUUACAGGGACAGCAAACUUACUCGCCUCUUGCAGGAUUCUCUUGGAGGAAACAGCAGAACUGUUAUGAUAGCUUGCAUUAGUCCAGCUGAUAUUAAUGCGGAGGAAAGUCUAAAUACUCUCAAGUACGCAAAUCGUGCAAGAAAUAUUCAAAAUAAACCUAUUGUGAACAGAGAUCCAGUGUCAAAUGAAAUCCAAAAAAUGCGCCAACAACUUGAAUAUUUGCAGGCAGAGCUACUUUCUGCUCGUACAGGGUCUUCAUCAGAUGAAGUACAGGCUCUUAAGGAAAGGAUCUCUUGGCUUGAGGCAAACAAUGAGGAGCUUUGUCGGACACUAAAUGAGUAUCGGAGCAGAUUCCUGCCUAUAGAGCAGAGUGCAACAAAUGUUCAGAAAAGUGGCUGCCGUUUUGAAAAGCCAGAUGGUUUCAAGAGUGGAGUACAAGGAAUAGAUUCAUCUGAAUAUACGGUUGAGCCUGUUGCUAAUGGAACCCAUCUUUCAUGUCAUGAUAAUCCCUCUAAAACAUUUCAGUCAUCUAUCAGAACUUAUUCCGACAAUUUGGUGCCAAUGGAAAUAGGAAGGGCAACUAUCACUUCUGUUGAUAAUUCCAAGGAAAUGGAUGAAGAAUCAACAAAAGAAUGGGAACAUGCUCUUCUGCAAGAUACCAUGGACAAAGAGUUGAACGAGCUAAACAAACGUUUGGAGCAGAAACAGUCGGAGAUGAAGAUGAUCGGUGGGUUUGACACCGAGUCCCUGAAGCAGCAUUUUGGAAAGAAGCUUAUGGAGCUUGAGGAUGAAAAAAGGGCAGUCGAGCAAGAGAGGGACCGCCUGUCUGCUGAAGUUGAAAACCUUUCUGCUUCUUCAGAUGGACAUUCACAAAAAUUGCAGGAUAUGCAUUUGCAGAAACUGAAAGCUCUUGAAGCACAGAUUUUAGAUCUUAAAAAGAAACAGGAAAGCCAUGUCCAUCUUUUAAAACAGAAGCAAAAAAGUGAUGAAGCAGCCAGACGGCUACAAGAAGAAAUACAAUCUAUAAAGGCCCAGAAGGUUCAACUGCAAAACAAAAUAAAGCAGGAAGCUGAACAGUUUCGCAUGUGGAAGGCCUCCCGGGAAAAGGAACUAUUGCAGCUAAGGAAGGAGGGGAGGAGAAACGAGUACGAGCGGCAUAAGCUACAAGCGCUAAAUCAACGUCAAAAAAUGGUACUGCAGAGAAAGACUGAAGAAGCUGCAAUGGCCACCAAGAGGCUUAAAGAGCUGCUAGAAGCUCGUAAAUCCUCAACACGGGAUAAUGCAGUCUUUGCAAAUGCGAGUGCGCCAUCUGUCCAGCCUCAGAGUAAUGACAAAUCAUUGCAACGGUGGCUUGAUCAUGAGUUGGAAGUGAUGGUGAACAUUCAUGAGGUCCGUUCCGAAUAUGAGAAGCAAAGUCAAGUUCGAGCAGCAAUGGCUGAAGAACUAUCUAUAUUGAAACAAAUAGAUGAUAAUAUAUCGAAAGGUAUUAGUCCACCCAAAGGAAAAAAUGGAACAUUUAUUAGGCUAGCUUCAAUGGCACCAGAUGCCAGGUCAUCAAGAAUCACAACAUUAGAAAAUAUGUUGAAUAUAUCUUCAAAUACACUUGUGGCAAUGGCAUCACAACUGUCUGAAGCAGAGGAGAGAGAACGUGCAUUUACAGGGCGUGGUCGAUGGAAUCAACUGCGCACAAUGGGAGAUGCAAAGAACUUACUUCAGUAUAUCUUUAACACUGCUGCUGAUGCCAGAUGCCGUUUACGGGACAAAGAAAUUGAGAACAAAGACAUGAAAGAACAAAUAAAUGAACUUGUUGGAUUGCUAAGACAGAGUGAAGCACGGAGAAAGGAAACUGAAAAGCAUCUUAGGUUGAGAGAGCAUGCUAUUGCAACAACUAAUUUGUCUGCUUCGUCAUUGGGAAAUCAACAAGGUUCAACAAAACACGCUGCAGAUGAUGCAAAUGAAUUAUCCUCGCCAACAAGUUCACCAGUGACAAAACAACUUAAGUACACAGCUGGAAUAGCAAACGGCACAGUUUCAAGAACUGUUUUGUUCCCAAGGCAGAAACCAAAGGUGGCCACAGGCGGCGGCCAAUUAACUGGUGGGAGGAAGUUAACUAUGGUUGGACAGGGCGGAAAACUUUGGAGAUGGAAGAGGAGCCACCAGCAAUGGCUUGUUCAGUUCAAAUGGAAAUGGCAGAAACCAUGGCGGCUGUCAGAAUGGAUCAGGCACAAUGAGAUUGUCCUGAGAGCACGUCCACGUCCACAACUUUUGGCCAAGAUAAUAUGAUUUGUUAUUGUUUUUCUUCAACACAUGGAGCCACAAACCUGCAAUAUUCCGCAGCAAGGCACAGAAAAUUACUUGUGCAGGAUCGGCUGGUUUUGUAGAGAGUAAGCUGUUUGAUAUUUUGUUUACCUGUUGAAGAGACGAUAGUAGUGGAAGCAUCUUUGUACAGUGGGGAGGAUGUUGGAAGCUAUUGAUAGAAUGAUAAAGCCUUGAUCACCAUAUGGAAGUUUUUGUGCAGCUGAACUUUUUACUCUCUCUCUCUCUCUCUCUCUCAUCUUUUUUUUUUUGGAGAAGGGCAAGGGAUGGGUUUCACUUACUUAACAGUGUUCUUUGGUGUGUAUGAUUGCUCAAGUGUGAUCUUGUAAUAAAAUCUUGUUUAUUAUUUUA